UCACAUUAGGGUGGAAUGAACAAUUUGAGGUGGAAUAAGUUGCAAGAUGUCAUUCCUCCUGAAAUAGGUGAACUAAAGAGUCUAACCCAUCUAUACUUGAGUUUCAAUAAUUUCAAAGGAGAAAUCCCCAAAGAAUUAGCUAAUCUUCCUCUGCUACGUUACCUCUAUCUACAUGAAAAUCGUUUUAUUGGGCGAAUUCCACCAGAAUUGGGCACUCUGCAACAACUCCGACAUUUGGAUGUUGGUAACAAUCAUUUGGUGGGAACUAUUAGGGAACUAAUACGUAUUGAGGGAUGCUUUCCAUCUCUUCGCAACCUUUAUCUGAAUAAUAACUACCUUACGGGUGGAAUCCCAGCUCGCUAG